UGAAACAGACGGAGAACUUGUACUGUGCUGGAAAAUCAGCUGAGUAAAGUAAAAUCAUGUAGAGGAGGGAGGAGAGAAAGAAUAAAGAUAAGUACACAAGAAAAGAAUGCACACAGAACAGAGAAGAGGGGAGGGAAGAAGGCGGGGCUAAGAACAUGGCAAGGUUACACAUAAAAACUGCAGUCUGUUUUCCUCUCUGACAGAAGUAGAGAGAGGAAGCUUCAGUUUUUUUCUGCAAUAUCACAUUAAAACAUAAAUGAAAAACAGAACGGAACAACUGAAUGCCAAGGAAGCGCGUACAUUCAUGACAGAGAGCCAGGAAAGAAGGAAGGACAGACAAAAGACAGAGACUAUGAGCACAAUAAAAUAAACACAGCGGCUACACAUUGGCAGAGUUCACAGGACCAGCUCUGACAUCAGUAAAGUGAGAGAGGAAGAGGGGUGCACCACCACUUUACGGAAACCGCUUGACAGUUUCAUACCCUGAGACAGUUUGAAAAUAGGAAACAGACGCUUAAGAGAAACAGAAAAAAGAAAGAAAGACAAAAGGAUAAAACAAAGCCCGUUUAAACCAAACCAUGUUGAUGAAAGAAUACCGGAUAUGCAUGCCGCUCACUGUCGAUGAGGCAGGAGUGAGUUGUUCACCUCAAGGCUAGGAACAAAACACAAAGGCCUUUAACCACAAGCAGCUUGGAAUUUCUACAAGGGGGUCAGGGGCUGUUUAGGCGGUCUGUGUUUCGCCUUUGAGUAGCCAACUUGUGCUCGUUCGGAUCAGACAAGUCCACACAAGCACACCUGACCUAAAGUCUGCCUCAGAAUUCGUCUAUGGUCUACAUCAGCACAUAGUUUCCAGACAGGAGCACCACCCCCUUUUUUCUGGAGUAGCUCUGUUUUGCGUACAGACAGCUUUUUUCUCCAAGCCUCAAGGUCUCUGUCUGUCAUCAUCAUCGGUGACAAUGAUUGUUGGAUACAAGAUCGGCCAGUUAUACAUGAUCAGCAAGCACAGCAGUGAGCAGAGCGGGGGAGGCGAAGGGGUGGAGGUCGUCCGUAAUGAACCCUGCACAGACCCCAAACAUGGAGCCGGACAGAUGACAGAGAAACGUAUCUACCUCAACAGCAAACUGCCAACCUGGAUAAGAAAGUUUGUUCCCAUGGUUUUUUAUAUCACGGAAACUGCCUGGAACUUCUACCCUUACACCAUAACAGAGUACACGUGUUCCUUCCUACCGAGGUUCCAUGUCAGGAUUGAGACGAGCUUUAAGAAUGACAACGGUUGCAGUGAAAAUGUGUUUGGUGAUGACCUCACUCCAAAGGACAGUGUCUGCUUUUUAGAUAUUUUGAGUGAUCCAAUCCCUGACAAGCAUUAUAAGAAGGCUGAGGAUCUGAGCAACUGGGUGUCACAGAAAACAGGCCGGGGACCCCUAGUGGAAGGCUGGAGGGACACCACUAAACCCAUCAUGUGCUCCUACAAGAGAGUCUCCUGUAGUUUUGAGGUCUAUGGCUUCCAGGGGCGAACAGAGGACUUCAUUCACAGGAACAUUCGUGACAUUCUGUUGGUGGGACACAGACAGGCGGUGGCAUGGAUUGACGAGUGGCAUGGAAUGACAAUCGAGCAGGUGAGAGAGUACGAGAAAAAACAGCAGGAGGAAACCAACAGCAAACUCAAUAGUGACAUUACCUGCACAGACUCUGCUCCUCCAAAGCGCCCCAGCUACACUCGCUCCAUCUCUGUCACGGAUGAAUCGUCACUGAAAAAGAUGGGGGUAAAUACUGUAGACAUUGCUGACUCUCCGCCCUGCCCUUCCUCCCUCAAAAGUCCUUUGAGAUUAAACUCGACCCCGGAAUAACACACAUUCUCCAUCCUCAGACUGCAUCGACCACUGCCAGUGCCAACAUUUAGCAAUAUUCUGGACUUGGACUUUCUCUUCUAAUCAAAACUUAAAAGACAUUGAGCUUUGUCACUCUCUUGCUCAACAUUCCAACUGGAUGCGCUUGUCUUCCAUGCAGAGGCUGGCAUUCGACAUUGUAAAUAUUAUGUAAAAGACUCUGGCUUCUGAUGAAGUGAAACCAUUGUGCCUUAGUUCACGUUUCGCACAGACCUUACCAAAAUGCUUUGAACAAAUGGUCUAUUCCUAUUCACUGCCUAUAAACAUGAAGGGGACCACAGACGCACCUGAACACAGAUGAAAAGCCUCUACUGACAUAAUCAAUAGACUGAUUCAGUGAAACCCGAUCAUAUGGAUUAUGGCAAUCGUGAGUGACUCGCUGAAAUUUUCUAGUGGUUUACGGGUUAUAACCUUUGACCCUGUAUCAAUACAUUGGCGGAAUGCAAUUGAUUGUUUAGUCGUGCAGCACAUAGCAAAAACAUUAUCAAUAUACUUAAUGUGAUAAGACUAAAGACCAUGGACUAAGCAUUAUGUGUUAUUUAACAUUUAUAUAACAUCUGUGUUUGUAGGAUGCCAUUGAUGAUAUUCUGUGUUUGUCUUUGGUUAUUCAGGGGAAGUUUGUCAUUCCUGCCAUAAGUUGAAAAAACAAGUAGCCCCACCCCAAACUCACUCACAUCAUUAGUUCAUUUCAAUCCAUUCAUACAAACAGAGGAAUGUUGAAAGUGCCAUAUCAUCACAUAUGUUUUAUAAUAAACUUUCUAAGGGAUGCAUGAUGCUCUGGUUCCACACUGUUUUUUUUUUUUUUAGUCAUCAGAUAUAUGUAAUGCUCAUUUGCACUAUUACAUUAUUAUCUUUACCAUCAUCUAAUGCUGACUUAAAGGGUUAGUUCACCCAGAAAUGAAAAGCCCAUACAUUUCUCACCCUCAAGUUAUCCUAGGUGUAUAUGAUUUUCUUCUUUUAGACUAAUCCAGCUGGAGUUUUAUUAUUGAGAAUUGUCUUUGAUCUUUCAAGCUGUUUAAUGCCACUCAGCAGGUGUUGCAUGCAUCAGUCCAAAAGAAGUUAAAUAAGAAACGCCCAUUCAUAAAAAAAAAAAAAAAAACUGUCUUGCAUGGAUCCGGUGGGUGAACAAAGGCCUCCUGUAGCGAAUUAAUGUGUAUUUGUAAGAAAAAUAUCCAUAUUCAAAAUAUUACAAUCCCUUUAACAUUGAUUUUUGACACUGAAGGCAAUAAAAUGCAUUUACGGUACAUUUUUAAAUAUUUUUAUAUUUCAAAUAUUGUUUUUAAUGUGUGUACUGUAUAUACACACACAUAUAUGUAGGGAAUUUAGGGAUUAAUACAUUAUAAUUCAAUAUUUCCUCACUUUCUUUGUGAAGAGUAAAAGACCCCAAAAAAAUCAAUAAAAAGUGACUUUGUAAACAAAA